AUGGAUAUAUUAGCAGCAUUGACAGCUGAUAAGCCAGUGGUGAUAUUCAGCAAGAGCAGUUGUUGCAUGGGGCAUUCUGUGAAGGCUCUGAUAAGCAGCUUUGGUGCCAAAAUAACAGUUAUUGAGGUGGACAAAAUGGUAAAUUGUGAGCAAAUAGAGAGGGCACUGAUUCAGCUUGGUUGUAGACCAAGUGUGCCAGCAGUGUUUAUUGGACAACAAUUUAUAGGUGGUGUUGAUCAAGUUAUAAGACUAAAUGUCCAAAACAAGCUUGCUCCAUUGCUUUUAAGUGCUAAAGCUAUUUUUAUUUGGGGUCCAAUAGAUAAAUAG